AUGAUGUUCUUCUUGGUUUUCCCGUACAGUAGUGUAUUCAUCGGCAUCUCUGCGUUCACCCUAAUCGACACCUUACUCCUGCUCCUGCGCAGGCGAUGGCGACAGUGGACAGAAGGACCUAUCAUCACAUGUUAUGGGAAAGAAAGAGAAGAAGUUUUGUUUAUAUUCAGUUCUGGGCCAUCAAUUAGAUUUAGCUCUGAUGAAACUGUUGCUUCUCGUAUGGCUACAAAUGAAAUUCAAUUCUUUGAUUUUUCAAAAGGCAUGGUGCAUAAGAUUAGAAUUCCUGGAAUAGCUGCAGUCGAGCUUUCUAAGCAACCUGGAUCCCAUGUUGCUGUAUUUGUUCCAGAAUCUAAGGUCAUUUAUCUUGAUAUAUGCAUGUACACAGGCUUCCCAAAAGUGAACCCAUUAGUACAAGAACUUUCUUCAGAUGUUCAACAACUCAACAUUGGAACCAUGGUUCUACAAGGCUUCUGGUUGUGGUUCAAUCAGAUGUUGAUAAAACUAACCAGAGAAAAGAAGGACGUGUACAUGAUGUUCAAUGGUCGUAUUCAGGGAAAGAAUUUGCAAUUGUUUAUGGAUAUAAGAAACUCUCAAUACCAUGGUUUGAAUAAUGCAAGUGAAUCCUUUGAACAUGCCAUACAACGUGUUAUUGAUGACAACCUUGAGUUGGGAUGUGCAUCAACUGAGAAGCUAUUGGGCAACAGCAUAAUCUUUUUAUCUCUUGUUGAAACACUGAAGAUGAGUGAUGCAAGAGUAUUAUUGUCUGCUCUUCACAAUGUCAUUCAGAUUUUAUCCAAUUGCUACAAUCCACCUGAGUCGCUUGUAGACCGGUUUAACUGGCCAUCAAUUAGAUUUAGCUCUGAUGAAACUGUUUCUUCUCGGAUGGCUACAAAUGAAAUUCAAUUCUUUGAUUUUUCAAAAGGCAUGGUGCAUAAGAUUAGAAUUCCUGGAAUAGCUGCAGUCGAGCUUUCUAAGCAACCUGGAUCCCAUGCUGCUGUAUUUGUUCCAGAAUCUAAGGAAAAGAAGGACGUGUACAUGAUGUUCAAUGGUCGUAUUCAGGGAAAGAAUUUGCAAUUGUUUAUGGAUACUCCUUCACUUUUCUCAUUGGAGUCUAAGCAAAAAGACGGAUCUUCAUCUUCAUCUUCAUCUUCUUCAACUGGUUUUACGAGUUUUUCAAGUUUCAAAAACAUAUACAUAACAGGACAUAGCAAUGGUGGUAUAAACUUCUGGGAUGCAUCAUCUCCACUUUUGAUUCCAAUUGUAUCAUUUAAUCAACAAAGUGAAGAUGAUCAGACUUUAAGUGGUGUUCCACUGACUGCAUUGUGUUAUGAUAUGGAAACACGCCUCCUCAUAUCUGGAGAUCAAACUGGAACAGUUUCGGUGAUUGACAUUGGAGGAGCAACUGUGUUAUAUGAAAGGCGUAUAGCGAGUGAGAUCUCGACAGCUGUCAUCUCUCUGCAAUUUGGGAUGUGUAGUUUGCAUGGAUUUGAGAAAAGUGUGUUAAUGGCAGCAACAAGGGAUUCAUCAGCUUGGGCACUUAAAAGAAAUUCGUUUGAUGAUGGGGUAGUGAAGGAGUCAUUGCUACUAUGUUCUGAGAAAGCUGUUUACGUGUAUUCACUUUCACAUGUUGUUCAGGCUUCAACAUGUUGUUCUGAUGCUGGCCUUGUUCUUGUUUUUACCAAUGGGAAAAUUGAAAUUAGAUCCUUGCCUGAAUUAAUCCUUUUGAAGGCAACAUCCAUAAGAGGCCUUGCACUUUCAACUUCAAAACCGAAUUCUUUACCUGAUAGUUUCAUUUGUGCUUCACACAAUGCACCGAAGAUGAGUGUCUUAUUGGAGGUAAUGAAAUACAUAAACCAGUUUAGUUAUCCAAUCAGGUGUUCGAUGCAUCAUGAAUUUGGAGCAGCGAUAUUUUGGAGUCAAAUUGUACGUUUUCGUGGUGAAUUUGCCAUACACUUUCUUAUACCCACAGGCAAGCUUUUCAGGCCAUCAAUUAGAUUUAGCUCUGAUAAAACUGUUGCUUCUCGUAUGGCUACAAAUGAAAUUCAAUUCUUUGAUUUUUCAAAAGGCAUGGUGCAUAAGAUUAGAAUUCCUGGAAUAGCUGCAGUAGAGCUUUCUAAGCAACCUGGAUCCCAUGUUGCUGUAUUUGUUCCAGAAUCUAAGGCUUCCCAAAGUGAACCCAUUAGUACAAGAACUUUCUUCAGAUGUUCAACAGCUCAACAUUGGAACCAUGGUUCUACAAGGCUUCUGGUUGUGGUUCAAUCAGAUGUUGAUAAAACUAACCAGAGAAAAGAAGGACUUGUACAUGAUGUUCAAUGGUCGUAUUCAGGGAAAGAAUUUGCAAUUGUUUAUGGAUGAUGUUCACCUGAAACCAUGGUGGGCCCCAUCAAACCCAACCUCCUCCGGAAACCAACAUCUCCAAAGGAUAGGGUUAGGAAAAAUGAAGGAAAUCCUGAUUUCUGUUGGUUCAUCUCAACACAAUACUAUAAAUCAAGGAUCUUGCCACCUGAAACCAUGGCGGGCCCCUUCAAACCCAACCUCAUCUGGAAACCAACAUCUCCAAAGGACUUUUCACAUGUUAUGGGAAGGACAAAGAAGAAAUUUUCUUUAUUUAUAUUCAGUCCAAGAGCAUUUUUUCACUGGAACCGAAACUCUAUGAUUCUUGGAUGGAACAGGAUGUUGCCACCUGAAACCAUGGUGGGCCCCUUCAAACCCCAACCUCAUCCGGGAACCAACAUCUCCAAAGGGAAACAACAUAAUCCCUUAUCUCCCUUGCUGAAACACUGA